UCCUGGAACAGAAAGAUGGGAGGGCACAGCAGCAGAAAGAUAUUGUAGCCUUCAGUCCAGAUGGAAUAUCUUACAAAUUGUUGCCAAGUGCCUCAGUCUGGCCAUAUUUGUCAUAAACUGGAUUAAAUGUAAAUUGCCAUAAGUGCAGGACAGGAGCAGCUUAAACAAUAAGUGUGGAUCUGCCCAGAGAAAGCAGUUGCAUUAUCCAAAAUCCUUUUUAUUGCAUUUUCAAGAAAUUUGUUGGGCAUAUUUCCAGAGGCUGUCAGCCUCCCAUCAGUGAAACUUCAAAAAGGACUCUGAUGUAUUAAUCUUUGCUUCAAAUCCCACAUUACAAACAACAAUUUCAGUUUCUUUCCUAUGAAAUGGAAAUAGGUCCACAUGCAGGACUGUUCCAUCUGGUGACAUUGGAUCAUAGCAAGGGUUCAACCUGUGGAUUAAGCUGUCAGUACUGAGAAUAAUGGAGUGGUAUUGGGUAAGAGAACUUUUAGAGCCAGGUGAUGCCUCUGCUAAUGAAGGAGGAAGACAGAUACUAAACUGAACUGUGAAGAAUCUCCAUGAAGGUGACCAGCCAUGCAAUGUUCUUGGAAGGCUGUCCUCCUACUUGCUUUGGCCUCCAUUGCUAUCCAGUACACAGCCAUCCGCACCUUCACAACCAAGUCCUUCCAAAGUUGUCCUGUACCUAAUCCCAUGAAUUGUAGCCUGAAUCAGGAGGUUGAAUCUGCUGACAGACUGUGUGAUGAAAGCCCAACCUUUUCUUACAACCUUUCUAAGAAGACUCAUGUCCUGAUCUUGGCCACCACCAGAAGUGGUUCUUCUUUUGUUGGUCAGCUCUUUAAUCAGCACUUUGAUGUUUUCUAUUUAUUUGAGCCCCUUUAUCAUGUCCAGUACACCUUAAUUCCAAAGUUAACACAGAUGAAGGGCUCCAUGGACCGACGGAUCAUGCUGGGGGCUGGCAGAGAUUUGCUGAGGAGUCUUUAUGACUGUGAUCUUUACUUCUUGGAAAAUUACAUCAAACCCCAGCCAGUGAACCACACCACAGACAGACUCUUCAGGAGAGGGGCCAGCAAAGCUUUGUGCUCCGCACCAGUUUGUGAGACAAUGGCACUGACUGAUACCACUCUGGAAGAAGGGGAUUGUGUGAAAAAAUGUGGCACUUUGAACCUGACCCUAGCUACUGAAUCAUGCAAAGAUCAUGGGCAUGUUGCAAUCAAAACAGUGCGAGUGCCAGAGGUCAAUGACCUUCGGGCUUUGGUGGAUGAUCCAAGGCUCAACCUGAAAAUUAUACAAUUAGUGAGAGACCCCAGAGGCAUCCUUGCUUCUAGGAGUGAAACAUUUAGGGACACUUACAGACUUUGGCGAAUCUGGGAUGGCACAGGUAGGAAACCCUACAACUUGGAUGUGACACAACUCACCACUGUCUGUGAGGACUUUUUGAACUCCGUUUCCACUGGCCUAAAUAGACCCUCAUGGCUGAAAGGCAAAUACAUGCUGGUGCGGUAUGAAGACUUAGCUAGGAAUCCUCUAAAAAAGACUGAGGAGAUGUACGAAUUCCUUGGCAUCCCAAUGGAUAGCAAUGUGGAACGAUGGAUACAGAAUAAUACAAGAGGAGACAGGUCUGCAGCCAAGCACAAAUAUGGGACCGUCCGAAAUUCAGCAGCAACGGCAGAGAAGUGGCGGUUCCGCCUCUCUUAUGAAAUUGUGGCAUUCACACAGAAUGCAUGCCAGCAGGUAUUAGUACAACUGGGUUACAAACUGGUGUCCUCUGAGAAGGAACUGAAGAACCUCUCCAUAAGCCUGGUGGAAGAAAGGGAUUUCUUGCCCUUUUGGUAAUGCAGAUGUUAGGGCUCGAAUUGUAAGUUUGAGAUGAGCCAUUUGUAACUGUUGCCUUACUUUCCCCUUUCCCACCUACUCUCCAAAAUUUGCACUAAUUGUUGAAUGGGAUUCUCAAAAAGAAAGUUCCCUUUCUCAAACUAUUGUAUAGAUGGAUGACUAUUGGGUCUCUUAAGAGCAAAAACUAAAAUGAACAAACUGUGGACAGGUAGCAAUGUUUACAAAUCACACACACUUAACAAUGUAUAAAAGGAAAAAAAAAAAAGGUAACCCUCGGCUUUCCACACUGAUGGGAAUCUGAAGGUUUAUACUUUUGCACUUUUUACUUUUACAAUGUAAGAGGUAACUAUAAAUAUAUAAAUAUAAAUAUAUAAAUAUAUAUACAUCUAAUUUAUGAACAGUGUUGUCACCUCCCUCCCAACUCCUAUGAGCAGGUUUUACUGUUAGCUGAUCGUGGAAUAAUCUCCUUGUUUUAAUCUUGUUUUGAUAUGUCUGAGUCAUGUUAUCAGGCUGGUUGCUGAUCCAUGGUUUGUUUAGUAACACGACAUUUCUUUGUGCCAAAGAGAGAGAGAGAG